CGAGAGAGGUGGCGCAGUUUCUGAGUCGUUGCCUGUUACUGGUCGCUUUUUCGGGAAACCUCGCAGCGGCAUUUGCUCCCGGGGCUCUGCUUGAGGCCCAGCCGGUGUUGCGCCACGGGCUCCCGAGCCAACGACUGGCUGUGGCUGGGGAGACCUAGUGAAGGAGUUGGCUGGAGAUCCCAGGGUCUAGUACCCAGGCACAGAGCCGGCCUCUAAGGGGAGAGGCGGGGAAGGAAGAAGCGUCCAGCCCGGGAGCAGUAAGAGCAGGCCUGCACAGUCGGGGCUGGGGUUUCUGUGGAGCGAUUCUGACUCCCAAAGGACUGCUGGGAGGCAGUGGCGCUAGCUGGGACCCAAAUGCUGGAGGAAGGAGUGCUGUCUUCUCCUGACCCUGCCCUUCCCCAAGAGGAAAGUACAGGAGAGGAAGGAAUGGCUGCUGGUCUCCUCACAGCCAGGCCCCAGGGAUCCAUGUCCUUCAGCAGUAUGACUGUAGCUUUUACCCAAGAGGGCUGCAGACACCCAGUCCUUGCUCCGAGGGACAGAUACAAGGAGGGGAUACCAGAAAAGUCCAGGAACCUGGUCCUACUGGGACUUCCAGUCUCCCAGCCUGGCUUAAACUCCCAGUUGGAACAGAGAGAAGAACCAUGGAUGCUGGAAGGAGAAGGCCUGAGAAGUACUUGUCCAGACUGGAAGACUGUAUCCAAGGAGUCACCACCAGAGCAAGAUAUUUCUGAAGAAUCAUUCCAGGACCCAAGUGUAGAAAUCCCCCCUGGUGAGUCAGACCAUAGGAACAGUGAAUUUGGGAAGAGCUUCAAUCUGAGACUGGUCCUUUCUCCACAACCCAGAGUUCCUACAGAAGUGAGACCCCGUAAAUGUGAAAUACAUCCAAAGAGCUUCAAGAAGAAUUCAGAUAUAAUUAAACCUCACAGAGCAAAACCAUACACAUGUAAUGAAUGUGGCAAAGCCUUCAGUUACUGUUCAUCCCUUUCUCAACAUCAGAAGAGCCACACUGGGGAAAAGCCCUAUGAGUGCAGUGAAUGUGGGAAGGCCUUCAGCCAGAGCUCAUCUCUUAUUCAGCAUCAGAGGAUUCACACUGGAGAGAAACCUUAUAAGUGCAGUGAAUGUGGGAGAGCUUUCAGCCAGAAUGCAAACCUCACAAAACACCAGCGAACUCAUACUGGAGAAAAGCCCUACAAAUGCAGUGAGUGUGAGAAAGCCUUCAGUGACUGUUCAGCCCUUGUUCAGCAUCAGAGAAUUCACACUGGAGAGAAACCCUACGAAUGCAGUGACUGUGGGAAGGCCUUCCGUCAUAGUGCGAAUCUCACAAACCACCAGAGGACUCACACUGGGGAAAAGCCCUACAAAUGCAAUGAGUGUGGGAAGGCCUUCAGUUACUGUGCAGCAUUUUUUCAGCACCAGAGAAUUCAUACAGGAGAGAAACCCUAUAAGUGUAAAACAUGUGGGAAGGCCUUCAGCCAGAGUGCAAAUCUCACAAACCAUCAGAGGACUCACACUGGAGAGAAACCCUACAAAUGUAGUGAGUGUGGGAAGGCCUUCAGCCAAAGUACAAAUCUUAUAAUCCACCAGAAAACCCACACUGGAGAAAAGCCAUAUAAAUGUAACGAAUGCGGGAAAUUCUUCAGUGAGAGCUCAGCCCUUAUUCGACAUCAUAUAAUUCAUACUGGAGAAAAACCUUAUGAAUGUAAUGAGUGUGGAAAAGCAUUUAACCAGAGUUCAUCCCUUAGUCAGCAUCAAAGAAUUCACACUGGCAUGAAACCCUACAAAUGUAUUGAGUGUGGGAAGGCCUUCAGGUGUAGUUCAGCUUUCAUUAGACAUCAGAGACUCCAUAUUGGAGAGUAACUGGGAACAUGAGAAAGUGGAGAAAACCUCAGAGGUGUCAACUUAUUAAUCAAAGAUGAGUGGGGACCUCACAGACAAAUGCAGAUGGUUUUAAAGCAUUGGGGACAUACGACAUUUAGUUUGUAGGCCAGAGCCACGUGAAAAUUGCCUUCAAUAAAUGUUUCAUUUUGUUACAUGGCACAUGUGGGAGGUGUUGAGCUCUCUUCAUUCUUAACACCAUUCAGCAGACAUCACAAGGUAGGGAAUUGAACAGUUCAACUCAAAUUUUCAUUCAACUUUAAGAGAUUUAUUUUUAUUCAGAUAGUGUAUGAAAGAAUGCCUUCUAUGUAGUAGGCACUCCAGAAACCUUUUGUCUAUUAGGAAUAAAUGAUCAAAUCAAUAGGUGAAGAACUUGACUCCUCCAUCAAGGCCAGGCAUUUAGGCAGUGCUCACAAGUAGUGAGGGCUUUUGCAAAAGGCGAACCAAGAGCAGAGCAUUGGCCAGGAAUGAUUUGUGGUUAAGAGCUCAGCUGCUAACCAAAAGGUCAGCAAUUUGAAUCCACUUUGCAAACCAUAUGGGGCAGUUCUACUGUCCUGUAGGGUUGCUGAGUCAGAAUCGAAUUGACAGUGCAUUAAGUCAAUUUUUGAUUCAGCAACCCCGUGCAAGAGAACUGCCCCAUAAGGCUUUUUUUCUAGGCUGUAACUUAUGGGAGCAGAUGGCCAGCUUUCUUCAUCUGAGUUACUGGUUGAGUUCAUACCUACCUUUGGAUAAGCAGCCAAGCACUUAACCAUUUUGCUACCAGGGUAAACAUCAGCAAUACAGCUGCCACUCAGGAAAGCACUGCUAGGCCAAAUCUCUUUAUAGGCUAUUCUUUUUACUCGUAUCACACCAAGUAGGUGGCUCAGUGGUAGAAUUCUCACUUCCCACACAGGAGACCUGGGUUUGAUUCUUGGGUGAUGUACCUUAAGUGCUGGCACUACAUGUCAUUGGAGGUUUUGCCUAAGGCCUGAAGAUACACUUCUGAAAAACAGCCCAGUGAAAACUACGGAUCACACUAGUCUAUAAUCAGCAACAUUUCAGUCUGCUGUGCAUAGUCUUCAUGAGUCAGGGACUGACCUGAUAGUAGAGAAGGUACUAUGUAUAGUUUUUUUUCCCUCAGAAAAACAGCCCCACAGACAAGGACAGUGAGGGUGGGCCAGGGAAGUCUUAAAGAACAGGAUAAUGAAAUCCCCUGUGGUGUGUGAAGGUCAUCACUUUCUGCAGAGACAGGAAGGGCAGAGUGGGUCACGUAAGCUGAACCAGGCUUCUCAUUCCUCUCACCUCUUCCUGACAAAAAAGCAGUGCAAUGUCUACUUUUAGGAUUUUUACUGUCUGCCUGCUUCCCUUGUUUGCACUCACAUGAGUCCUACCCUCCUUACUCCACCCAUUUAAAUGAACUCUGCUCAGUACUGCUGUGCCUCCCUUGAUUUGUUUCCUUGGCAACUUGGAGAGGACUGUGCUGCAGGUGUCCUGAAAUGCUUAUUUUCUCCCCUCCCCUGACCCAUUAUCAAUCAGGCCACCUGGGGGGAUUAAGAACCACUGAUUUAAAGAGACGACUGUUGACAAAAUGACUGAGAAGCUACGAAAUGACUAAUGCAGGGAAAAGUGAUGAAGGUCUUGGGGCAAUCACUCCCUUGAGGCUGGUACCACAGCAGCCCUUUCCAGGUGGUGCUUAAAACCUGUUAGUAGGUGCAGCUUGUCCUCAUGCCAAGUAUCUUGCAAUUUAUCCCUUCACUCAUCACACAUAAGGUAAAGUGUAAGUGCAGGCAGCACUGAGCGGGUAAAAAGAAACAGAAUUUAAGAUGAAAAAAGAAGAGAAUUUAAGAGAAAAUGAGUAUAGACUUGGCAAAAAUAAAAGAUGCAUCACACAAAGCUUACUAGUCUUUAUACUUAAGUGACUACAAAAAGCAGUGACUUUUCCAGAUGUUCUUCUCAUCUGAGCUGAUC